AUGACGGCCGGAGCAGACACGACCGCGACCGCCGUCUCGGCCCCCGGGAAGGUGCUCCUCGCGGGCGGGUAUCUCGUCCUCGACCGGGCGUACACGGGCCUCGUUUUCGGGCUCAGCGCGAGGGUGAACGUCGUCGCGGCCGAGAUCCACACGUCGCCCGGCGUGCACCUGACGGAGAUUAUCGUCGAGAGCCCGCAGUUCCUCGACGCGACGUGGCGGUACGGGUUCCAUCUCGCGCCUGAGGAUGGGGGGAUUACCGUCACGCAGCUGCAGGUCGGCUCCAAAAUCAACCCCAACCCCUUCGUCGAGACCACCCUCUCCUACGCCCUCACCUACAUCGCCAGCAUCCGCAAACGCCGCCCAAACCACGCCCUGACAUCCACCCGCCUCAUCAUCCUCGCCGACAACGACUACUACUCCCUCCCGGACACCACGCCCGGCGCCGCCGCCCAGCAGCAGGGCCGCUUCGCGCGGUACCCCCACACCCUCAGCGAAGCCCACAAGACCGGCCUGGGCUCCUCCGCCGCGCUCGUCACCUCCCUCACCGCCGCCCUCCUCACGCACCACCUGCCCUCGAACCUCUUCAACCUCGCCUCCGAGGCCGGCAAGCACACGCUGCACAACCUCGCGCAGGCCGCGCACUGCGCCGCGCAGGGUAAAGUCGGCAGCGGCUUCGACGUCGCGGCCGCGGUCUUCGGCAGCUGCCGGUACCGCCGCUUCUCGCCGUCCCUGCUCGACGGGCUCGGCGCGCCGGGGCAGCCCGGGUUCGCGGAGGCGCUGGUGCGCAAGGUGGACGAGUUCCAGGGGUGGGACGUCGAGGUCGACAAGAGCGUCAGCCUGGCGCCGGGGUUGUGUCUGCGCAUGUGCGACGUGGACUGCGGCAGCCAGACGGUGGGCAUGGUGAAGAAGGUGCUCGCGUGGCGCAAGGAGGACGCGGCGGGGAGCAAGGCGCUGUGGGACGAGCUGCAGGGCCGGAAUGAGGCGCUGGCGGCGGUGUUGAAGGAUGGGCGGACCGAGGAGGUUGGCGCGGCGGUCGGCAAGGUGAGGGGGCUGAUUAGGAAGAUGGGCGAGGGCAGCGGGGUGCCGAUUGAGCCGCCGAGCCAGACGGAGCUGCUGGAUGCGGUGAGCGGGGUGGAGGGCGUGCUUGGGGGGGUUGUACCGGGCGCGGGCGGGUUUGACGCGCUGGCGCUGGUGAUGAGGGACGAUGAGAAGACGAGGAAGAGGGUUGAGAAGUUUUUGGAGGGGUGGAGCCGGGAGAAGGGGGCGAGGGUGAAGUUGCUGGGCGUUUUGGGGGAGAUGGAGGGCGCGCGGAGGGAGGAGCUGGGGGUUUAUGCUGGGUGGCUCUUGUGA